AUGGCUGAGUCCGGCUCCCUGCCAGAGGGACCCGGGCUGAUGCUGGCCAGGGAGAAAUGUCCGGCUUGGACAUUGAGAGGCUGGGGAGGCUGGGGCUGCGGUGGCUCGGGCCGGGGGGUGCUAAGUGGCUCCCUGGGCUCCCGGCUGUUGCGAGGUGCGGGUGGGUGUCGCGGGCGGUUCGGGGCAUGGGGUGCCCGUGAGGCUAGCGCAGCCAUGGUGGCAGGGGAGAGCAUGGCUCAGCGGAUGGUUUGGGUGGACCUGGAGAUGACAGGAUUGGACAUUGAGAAGGACCAGAUUAUUGAGAUGGCCUGUCUGAUAACUGACUCUGAUCUCAACAUUUUGGCUGAAGGUCCUAACCUGAUUAUAAAACAGCCAGAGGAGUUACUGGACAGCAUGUCAGAUUGGUGUAAAGAGCAUCACGGGAAGUCUGGUCUAACCAAGGCAGUGAAGGAGAGUACAAUGACAUGGCAGCAGGCUGAGUAUGAAUUUCUGUCCUUUGUACGACAGCAGACUCCUCCAGGGCUCUGUCCCCUUUCAGGAAAUUCAGUUCAUGCAGAUAAGAAGUUUCUUGACAAAUACGUGCCCCAGUUAAUGAAACAUCUUCAUUAUAGAAUAAUUUAUGUGAGCACUGUUAAAGAACUGUGCAGACGCUGGUAUCCAGAAGAAUAUGAAUUUGCACCAAAGAAGGCUGCUUCUCCCAGGGUGCUGGAUGACAUUAGUGAAAGCAUCAAAGAGCUUCAGUUUUACCAAAAUAACAUCUUCAAGAAGAAAACAGAUGAGAAGAAGAGGAAAAUCAUAGAAAAUGGGGAAAAUGAGAAGACCGUGAGUUGAUGCCCGUUC